AUGCCGCCACGGUUUCCGAUUCGUUUCCGCUGCUCACCUUGCGGCGCGGCUUCCGAUACGGUAUUGUCGACUGCCUGGAGCCGGCAUGUCGCAAGGAGGACCGCGAAAUGGGGUUCCGUGGCGAGGCAGUUCUCGGUGUCGAGCAGCAGGAGCACGGAUGGAGUAUUUCGCGAAUUGACGAAUGAGCGCGUGGCCGAACCGUGGAUUGAGGCGCUGCAAAGACAACGGGCAGCCAGCGAGGGAAAAGGCGUGGGUGGGACGACGAAUGCGACGGCGGAGAGGAAGUUGACGCCGAAGCGGAUGACGGACAGUUAUCACAGUGUCGUUCUACCGCUGGCCCAAGACAAGUGGCUCGGAGACACGUACCUGAACUCGUCUGGGCAAAUCAGGCUGGGAACUCUGUUCAUGGACCUCGACGCUCUGUCGGGCGUCGUGGCGUACAAGCACACGGGACCAGACGUAACGACCGUCACCGCGGCCUUUGACCGCAUCACCAUCAUCAACCCGCUCAAGGAGAUAUGCGAUCUCGAGCUCAGCGGGCAGGUGAAUUGGACCGGUCGCAGUAGCAUGGAGAUCUCCCUCCAAGUAGCCAAAGCUCCCAAGCCUGGUGAGAAGCCCAAGAAAGAGGACGUGAUGAUCAGUUGCACGUGCAGCAUGGUCUCGCUAGACCCCGUGACGAAGAAACCCGUGCCAAUCAAUCCGCUCAUCGUCGAGACGGACGAGGAGAAGAGGCUGUUCGCUGCGGGAGAGGCGAACUCGAGGCGUAAGAAGGAGCUGGGAAAGAUGUCCUUGCUGAAGCAUACGCCCAACGACGAGGAAAGCGACCUUAUUCAUUCGCUGUGGCAGAAGCAGAUUCAGUGGCACGAUCCAAGCGACCCUCAAAGGAAACCAGACAACGUGAUUCCGAUGGAGCAGACGGUGCUGAAGACAGCCGCCAUCAUGCAGCCGCAGUAUCGCAACCGCCACCAGUUCAUGAUCUUUGGAGGCUUCUUGCUCAAGCAGACCUUCGAGCUGGCCUUCUGCUGUGCCGCCUCCUUCUCUCACACACGUCCCACGUUCAUCUCCCUCGACCCGUCCACCUUCCAGAACCCCGUACCUGUAGGCUCCGUUCUUUACCUGACCGCAACAGUAGCGUACACAGAUCCGCCAGCCGUAGACGGCCCCAACGACAUCACUCCUGACGGGCCCGCAGACGGUUCAGGCCGAACCCGCGUCAUGGUCAGAGUAGAUAGCAAAGUGCGAAACGUGGAGCAUGGAGAGGCGAAGCCAACGGGGCAGUUCAACUUCAGUUUCUUCGUAGACAGGGACAUACGAGUAAUGCCGAAGACGUACACAGAAUUCAUGGUGUACAUCGACGCGAGGAGACGAGCUGUGAGGGUAGGGGAGCUGUGCAAGCAGGAAGGCCUGGUGUUCAACGGCCCGACGAGCUUUACAGAGUGA